CCUCAGCAAAAAGAGGAGGAUUGGCGGCAGAUGUUGGCUCAGGGCUAAUCUUCCUCAAAAAAAAACCCUCGGUGUUAAAAUAACAGCACUUUCCACUUGCAUAGCAUGUUCCAGUUUGCAAUCAGCGAUACGAUCAUUAAUAGCAGGCUAUUGCAAUCAUUGAUGCAGUCGUUAAGAGCUGCGGCUCUGGAAGCCCUCAGGCUUGGUGAGAAUUGGCUUUGCCGCGGGCUGAAUAUGUGAACUCAGCAAGUUAUGUAACCUCUCUGAGCCUCAACUUGCUUGUCAGUAAAGUGGCACCAUGCAUAGUACCCACUUUAUAGGGUAUUGUGAGGAUUAAAUGAAGUCAUGCAGGGAAGGGAUCAGCACAGGGCCUUGGCAUGUUGUAAAAGCUCAAUAAACAGAAGAUGCUUCGAGUGCCUCCUGCUUCUCCUGGGUUCCCCUAGGAGCUUCCCAGACCUGUCUUCUCCCCCUCCUCCACCCCACACACCAGGGCCACAUGGGGGAAGAAAACAAAGUUUUAUACAACAAUUCCACUGUGUCCAGUCUCUUCAAUACAUGACCUCAUAAACCUGUGAGUUAGAUGGGAUCACUCCCAUUUUAUACUUGGCGACACUGCUGCUCAGUGGGAUUCUGUCCAUGCAUGGGUUCGCGUAGCGAGAGAAUGUCUGAACUGAGGUUUGUUAUGGCACCAAAGCUGGUCCUGCUUUCCUUCAGCCAGGCCACUUGCAUACCGAUUAAAAACAGAGUGUCGUCAGGAAGGGGCUGGUGGUUUCCCUCCCACGUAGAGUUCUGACUCUAACUUUGCCUCACGGUGCACUUACACACGGGGUCUAGAGUGCACAUACGCUUUCCAUCCUCAUUUUAUGUGUUUACUUGAUGCCUCUUCCUUUGUUUCUCACGAUUGCCACCUGUGUCAUUAUUACGUGUUUAGCACAGUGCAAAGCAUGUACUAGAGUGUCUUGCACGAGUCAGUGCUCAAUAAAUAUUUACUUAAGAUAUAAAUCAGUCCAUCAUUCAUUUUCUGAAGAAUGCUGCAUCUCUUUGCUUGCUUUCUAGGAAGCCUGGCUUAAGGCUCCAUGUGAACAAGUACCUGAUAAAUUAACUACAGGUGAACUGACACUCUUUCAAGCCCCUACGAGGUGCCAGCCAUGGUGUUGGUGCUUCAUUCUUUCAUUUCAUUCCCUCUCUCCCCUCCAUUCUUUUUUCUCCGUCUCCUCAUUGCUCUGCUGUUCUGUGCCAAGCACUGUCCUCAGUCCAGGAAGUAGUGGGUGAGUAAAGUAUAGUCAGGUCUUAAGGAGCUUAUGUUAUUUCUCCUAAUCCUCGUAAUAACCUCAUGGGGUAGAUUUUUUUAUAUAUAUAGGAAGGAAAUUGAGACCCAUGAGGUUAAGUAAUUGCCUAGGGUUGCAGAGUUUACUUAGUCACUUGUAAGGGGAGGACUGGAAUUAGUGUCCUCCUGGCUUGCAAGGCCAUGUUCUUUUCACUGCACCAAGCAGAUCUAAGGAUCAAACAGAAAGAGUGAUGGCAGAAAGGGACUAAAGUGGAAAGCCUUGGGGGCGGGCGUGAUAUAAAAAUUAUAAUAGCUAAGACAUACAGUGCUUACCAUGUGGCACUUUAUGUGCCUCAUUCACUUAAUUCUCAUACAGACUCCCUGAGGCGCUGUUAUUCCCACCUCCAUGUUGCAGACAAAAAGCUGAGACUCAAGAAGGUUGAGCCGUUCACCCAAGGUCAUACAGCGAGGAAGUCAGACCUGAACCUGGCAGUUGAGCACCACAGCGCGUUGUCAUUAAAACAAACCAAAAAAGUGCUGUGUCACAAACAAGUGCCUGGGAAUCAGAGUGGCUCCACGUAUCUAGAACUUGCUCUGUGCUGGGCACUAUGCUAAGAGCCUUCCAUGCAUUUGUUCACUGAAAUCUCACCACUAGGAUGAGGUAGGCAGGUUAUUAUCCACCUUUUACUCAAGGGGACACUGAGGUUUAGAGGCUUUGCCCAGAGUCAUUCAACAAGUGAGUACUAAGGCUGGAAUUCAGACCAUUCAUUUGUAGCUAAGUUACUAAGUCACAUGCUUAGCCUUCCUUCUCUAGGUGAUCCUCAGGACAUGAUUCCAAAGAGAGAAAAGAUGAUAUGCACCAAAUUGGUCGUUAAAACAUUACAAAAAAAUAGGAACACUAGCUCCAUGAACAGUGGGCAUCUGUUAAACAAUGAUGAAUAUGAAGACUGUGGCAACAGAGGACAAAUCUGCGUGAUAGAAUGUUAAGAGGAAGAGGAAUAGAAAUCGUAUGUUCAUUGGGGUUCGUUUACAUAUACGCACAUGUGGACGUGAGGCGAAGCAACAUGGAGAAAGGACACGUAAUUCACGAGUUAAAGGGUGGGAUUGUGGGUGAAUGUGUUUCUCUUUCCAACAUUUAAAAAUAUGAUUUCUACGAUAGAUUUAACACCAGAAAGCAAAAAGCAUUUUGCCUCAGCGAAGGGAGUUUUGGAGAUUUAUCUCAAAAGUUCAGGCUAGUUUUAAGACUGUUUGGGUCCUGCAGCCAGGAGUGCCUGACUCCUAAGGUUUGGGGGGGAAUCACAUCCCCUAAGAGAGGGGGUGAGAAGAAGUGAGGAAGAGGUGGGGGGAAAAAAAGGUGAUGAUCAAGAAUCAAAUAAUAUCAGAUGCUGUGCACAGUGAUUAGCCUUGGCUCUGGUAACCUUUUUCAGAUUCUUACAUGUUUUAAUAAUAUCAUCAUAAUAGAAAUAGAACAAAGAAAAAGACUGCUGACAUUGGGUGUGAUAGUUAUGCGCCACCCCAAAGUAGAGGAGGAAUGACAUCCUUACAACCUGGCUAUGUGAUUGUGUACAUUAACUCUUGCAUUCCCUGGCAUGUUUUCAGAGUGGAGAUGUGCUUUUACAGUGAAUCUGUCUUCGACAGGAGAUGGCACCGAAUACCUAGCUUUAAUUUUCUCUAGUCUCCAGGGAUCCUUGAUGAGUUGAUGAUCUGUGAACUAACCACAUUGGUGCACCCUUGGGGUUUCCUCAUUAAUCCUUGUAUAUUGUAAAUAAUGAUACCUUACUUAAUCUCUUUACCCACUUUAGAGUUUUAUAUAUUGUGUUUUCUUAAAUUGAGAAAGGGCAGUGACAUUAUGGAGCACAUAUUGUGUGUCUCAUAUUCUGUUAGACAUAACUUAGUACUCACAAUCAGACUGCAAGGAAUAUAUAGUUAUGGGUAUUAUAAGUUAAUGCUUGGUUCGAGUCAGAUUCAAAUGCUGGCUCAGCUGCUUACUGGCUGUGUGACCUUGGGCAAGUCAUUGCUGUGAUAAUGAUGUUGAUGAAAAUGAUGGUGCUUGCACUGAGAGGCCACAAUCCAGAUAUCAUUAGUGUCACCUUGGACUCACCUGCAUCAUGCUGUGAUGAGACCCCAGCUGAUGAGGAAGAGACAUGGGGACACUGGCCACAUGGAUUGGCUAGAUGAGUGAAGACAGUUAGCUAGAAAGAGGAUAGAGUUCUUGUCUUUUCUCCUCUCACUGCAUCUGUUCUAGCUCAAGCAUCCAAGACUUAGAUUAUUGCGGUGGCCUCCUACCGAGGAGGACCAUUACGUCCUAUUCUCCUGGGAAUCCUGGUUUACAUGGGUAGUCCUGACAAAAUUAUUAUCAAUGCUGUUCUUCAAUCUCAAAAGUGUCUAGGUUUGGAUAAGUCAUAUGGUCACUCCACUACAAGGCCUCUUGUUUCCCUUUCUCUUUCCUCUAAGAUUGUGUUCAGCAGCCCCAGAGGGAGCUGCCCCCAGAACUGCUUUGCUUAUGCCACAUCCUGCUAAAACACUCUCAAAGGUUCCCAAUCACCGACAGGAUAAAACCCAGACUCCUUAACACAGCCCUGAGUGCAGAGGCAUGCCCCACAGCAUCUUCUAGAGUCCUAGUUUCUGUAAACACGAGAGUCUCAAUAAACACAUGUUGAAUUAGUACCUGAAUGAAUGUGAGCAUUCACACUCAGGGUGCAUGUCAAUUUCUUCAAUGCUUUUGUCUUCUCUCAGCCUCAGGGCCUUUGCACAUACUGUUCCUUCUGUCAGGAACACUUCUCCCUCCCUCUUUACCUGGGGUAGUAACAUUAUGCCUUCUCACUUUUUAGCUGUCCAUUUAAUUCAAUUUCUUCUGAGAAGCUUCCCUGGCUCUCACAAAUUAGGUCAGACCUCGUUUUUUUCUCUCCUGUGCCUUUCUUGGUAAUUACCUCUCUAUUGUGUGAUUAUUUAAUAGCUGACUCCUGCACUAAACUCUAACCUUCCAUGAAGACAGAAGCUGUAUCUGUCUGGUUCACUGCGACGUCCCUACUGUAUGGCUCAGUGCCUCGCACAUAGUUCUCCAUAAAUAGUUGAUAAACAAAUAGUGGGGCGAAUGAGUGUAACUCCCCUAGUAGGCUACCCUUUCUGAGCCAGUGCAGUUCCUGUCACCUGGGUAGUGCUCUCCAAUAGCUUCCGAGCACACUUGGAAUAAAUGUGAAGUCCCUAUAAACAUUGGGCCCUUCCUGACUUUCUGACCUCAUUUCCCACUGCUCUCCCCUUUCCUCCCCUCCUCCACCACACUGGUUUCCUGGUGCUGCCUCACACACUCCAGGCCCACUCCUGCCUCAGGCCUUUGCACGUGCCCCAACAUCACCUCCUCCGAGAGGCCUUCAGCUUCCUGCUACCUAAGACAGCACCCCAUCUCUAUCCCAUUCCGUGGCUUCAUUUUCUUCUUAACACGCCUUGCACUCUGUUUAUUUGGUUUUGUCUGUCUCCACCACAGACUAUAAGCUCCCUGAGAGCAGGGAGCUGGCCUGCCAUGUUCAUCACUAGGUCCUCAGAGCCUGGCAAACAGUCGGUGCUAAAUCAAUAUUUGGUGAGCGAGGGAAGGAAUAAAAGCAGGGGCAGGAUGCAGAUGCCCCUUGGAGACAGGACAGGGGCCCCUUCCUAGGACCCAGUGGCCUUUGGGGCAGGGCCAGUGGCGUCGCCAUGGCAACCCACUGACCUGAGGGCACCCUGCCAUCCCAGGGAGGCCACAGCUGCAGCCUCCUGGGGCCCAGACUUUCCACACGAUCCUGUGUGUCACCACCGUGGGAGUCCAGGGGAGAGAGAAAAAGAGGCCGAGAGGGAAUGAUCAGGAGGAAAGCACAGCCUGGUGCCGGGGGCGACGGGAGCAGACCACGUGGGCCUGAUUCCACUGAGAGCUGGAUUGAAAGAUGUCUCAAUGAAAGUGAAAACAAACGUUAUUCCAGCCACACCUCUCUGGGGAAUGUCUCUAAUGAUGAAAAUGAGGAAAAAGAAAAUAACCGCGCGUCCAAGCCGCACUCCACUCCUGCCACGCUACAAUGGCUGGAGGAGAAUUAUGAGAUUGCAGAAGGGGUCUGCAUCCCUCGCAGCGCCCUUUACAUGCAUUACCUGGAUUUCUGCGAGAAGAACGACACCCAGCCUGUGAAUGCUGCCAGCUUUGGAAAGAUCAUCAGGCAGCAGUUUCCUCAGUUAACCACCAGAAGACUCGGGACCCGCGGACAGUCAAAGUACCAUUACUACGGCAUCGCGGUGAAGGAAAGCUCCCAAUAUUAUGAUGUGAUGUAUUCCAAGAAAGGAGCCGCCUGGGUGAGCGAGACAGGCAAGAAAGAAGUGAGCAAGCAGACGGUGGCAUAUUCACCCCGGUCCAAACUUGGAACGUUGUUGCCAGAGUUUCCAAAUGUGAAAGAUCUAAACCUGCCAGCCAGUCUGCCUGAGGAGAAGGUUUCUACCUUUAUUAUGAUGUACAGAACACACUGUCAGAGAAUCCUGGACACUGUAAUAAGAGCCAACUUUGAUGAGGUUCAAAGUUUCCUCCUGCACUUUUGGCAAGGAAUGCCGCCCCACAUGCUGCCUGUGCUGGGCUCCUCCACGGUGGUGAACAUCGUCGGCGUGUGUGACUCCAUCCUCUACAAAGCUAUCUCCGGAGUGCUGAUGCCCACCGUGCUGCAGGCAUUACCUGACAGCUUGACUCAGGUGAUCCGAAAGUUUGCCAAGCAGCUGGAUGAGUGGCUAAAAGUGGCCCUCCACGACCUCCCAGAAAAUUUGCGAAACAUCAAGUUUGAACUGUCGAGGAGGUUUUCCCAAAUUCUGAGACGGCAGACAUCACUAAAUCAUCUUUGCCAGGCAUCUCGAACAGUGAUCCACAGUGCAGACAUCACAUUCCAAAUGCUGGAAGACUGGAGGAACGUGGACCUCAACAGCAUCACCAAGCAAACCCUUUACACCAUGGAAGACUCUCGCGAUGAGCACCGCAAACUCAUCAUCCAGUUGUAUCAGGAGUUUGACCACCUCCUGGAGGAGCAGUCUCCCAUCGAGUCCUACAUUGAGUGGCUGGACACCAUGGUGGACCGAUGUGUUGUGAAGGUGGCUGCCAAGAGACAAGGGUCCCUGAAGAAAGUGGCCCAGCAGUUCCUCUUGAUGUGGUCGUGUUUCGGCACAAGGGUGAUCCGGGACAUGACCUUGCACAGUGCCCCGAGCUUCGGGUCUUUCCACCUAAUUCAUUUGAUGUUUGAUGACUACGUGCUCUACCUAUUAGAAUCCCUGCACUGUCAGGAGAGGGCCAAUGAGCUCAUGCGAGCCAUGAAGGGAGAAGGAAGCACCGCAGAAGUCCGAGAAGAGAUUAUUUUGACGGAGGCUGCCCCGCCAACCCCUUCACCAGUGCCAUCGUUUUCUCCAGCAAAAUCUGCCACAUCUGUGGAAGUGCCACCUCCCUCUUCCCCUGUCAGCAACCCAUCCCCUGAGUACACUGGCCUCAGCACUACAGGAGCGAUGCAGUCAUAUACAUGGUCUCUUACAUACACAGUGACAACGGCAGGGUCCCCAGCUGACAACUCCCAACAGCUGCCCUGUAUGAGGAGUACUCAUGUGCCUUCUUCCUCCGUCACACACAGGAUACCAGUUUAUCCCCACAGAGAGGAGCACGGAUACACGGGAAGCUAUAACUACGGGAGCUAUGGCAACCAGCAUCCUCCCCCGAUGCAGAGCCAGUACCCGGCCCUCCCUCACGACACAGCCAUCUCUGGCCCACUCCACUACUCCCCUUACCACAGGAGCUCUGCGCAGUACCCUUUUAAUAGCCCCACUUCCCGGAUGGAACCGUGUUUGAUGAGCAGUACUCCCAGACUGCAUCCUACCCCAGUCACCCCCCGAUGGCCAGAGGUGCCCACAGCCAACACCUGCUACACAAGCCCGUCUGUGCAUUCCACGAGGUAUGGAAACUCUAGUGACAUGUACACACCCCUGACCACGCGCAGGAAUUCUGAGUAUGAGCACAUGCAACACUUUCCUGGUUUUGCUUACAUCAACGGAGAGGCCUCCACAGGAUGGGCUAAAUGACUGCUAUCAUAGGAAUUCAUAUUUAAUAUUAAUAAUAAUUAAUAAUAAUAAUAAUAAACCCAUACCCACCCCCAGAAGACUUUCUCUCUAUACAUCAUAACUCAUGGACUAUUCCUAGGCGUCCAUUUUCCUAAUGAGUGUGAGACUGGGAUUCAGUGUGGGAUAAAUAAACUUUAGUUCAGAAACAGGACUCACUAAAGUCAGUGAGAUUGGGUUCCUGUAGCCAAGCCAGACCUGACUGUUUCUAUAGAGCACUAUCUCGGGCAGGCCAAUCUGUGCCUUUUCCCUUUGUUCCAUGAUUUUGCUUUGUGUUGGCAACCACUCCCAGUAAGCUACUUAUUUUCCUGUUGACAAAAGCUCUUUAGUCUUGAAGGAUGGAUACUGGAGACAGAUCUGGUUUGUGUUCUUGGAUGGGCACAUAAUUUACCAAGAGCAUUCACCUUUCCAUCUAUCUGUCAUUUUACUGUACAAUGAACAGCCCUCAGAUAUGUUCUACACAUCCUUUCUUCCUGGUGGUGUCAUUACUGGUUCCUGGAGCACCAGGGCUAAAAGGAGGUUUCUGGAAACUCUAGAUUCCCCGUUACACUCAUGUCAGUCACAGUAUCUGCAUUGUCUUGGAAUGUAAGCACUGUCUAGAGGGAAGGAAGAGGCUGGUUCUGUAUGCCUUAAGUUGAUUGAAGUUUGUAGGGGACUGGUUCUCCUACACACAAGUAUUUGUCCUAAGUUUGCACAAUGGCUAGUGUCAGCAAAAGGCAGGAGGGGGGGUUUAAGUUCUGUAAGAAUGUGGAUUUAUGGCACUGAGUAUCACACUCAGCUCUGCUGUGUUACCUUUGUGAAACUGGAUGGACCAAACAUUAGCUUGCCAAGCACCAAGUGUGAAAAUGACUUUUGCAGUUCCUUCAUAAGACUAUAACAAUUUCCGACACUUUGAUAGAAAAAAAAAAAAAUUCAAAGCUGUGCCUUUGAGCCUAUACUAUACUGUGUAUGUGUGGAAAUAAAAAUGUAUUGUACUUUCGGAAAAUUUUUUCGUAGGCAUUUUUCUGUCAGAUUUGUAGCAAUUUGUGAGGUUUGUUAGAGAUUAACAUAGGUUUUCUUUCUGUAUUAUAAAAAGCACCAAGCAAUUAUGGUGGACCUAUUACCCUAUGGGUAAGAAAUAAAUGGAAAUAUGACAUCGGAUGUUUUAGCAAUUGUUCUGUAAAUAAAAUCUUUGAUCACACCAUUCAGUGUGAUAAUCAUGUCUACAGCUAAAAUGGAAAUAGUUUUAUCUGUACAGUUGUGCAAGAUAUGGUUUCACACUCAAAUAAAAAGUAUUGAAAUGA